GGUGGGGUGUCAUGUCUAGGUCCCAGGGCGUCCGGGUUCAAAGUCCCAAACAUGCCUGCAGCAAACCGCCACUGCCUCUCAGACCGGCCUACCUCACAGGGUUGUUGGGAGAGGAGGGAAGGGGCGGGGAAGGAAAGGAGCCUGCAUGCUGCUUUGUGGAGGAAGGGUGGGAUAAACAGAGCAAGGGAUAAGGGGCCACUGAGGCUCCCCUAGUCGCAGGGCCGGAUUGAGGUUUGAUGAGGCCCUAAGCUACGGAAGGACGAACCCUAGAAGAAAAGUGAUGGAUCUCACCUCUAUGAUGAUUCUUCCACUGCUUUUUGGCAGCCUGGGGGUUUUUGGGCUCUUCCGGCUGCUUCAGAGAAUGCGUGUGAGAGCCUACCUGAAGGAUGCAGUGGUGGUGAUCACAGGAGCAACUUCUGGACUAGGGAAAGAAUGUGCCAAAGCUUUCCAUGCUGCUGGGUCAGAACUGGUGCUGUGUGGUAGGAGCAGAGAGAGACUUCAAGACCUUCUGCAGGAGCUCUCCACUGCUGCUGGCCACCCAAAGAACCCCCAUAAACACCACACUGUGGUCUUUGACCUCGCUGACAUCAAAGCAGUCGUUGGCGCUGCCGCAGAGAUUUUGAAGUGUGCAGGCCAUGUAGACAUCUUGAUUAACAAUGCUGGAAUCAGCUACCGCGGCACAAUUGUGGACACCCUGAUAGAAGUGGACAGGAAAGUGAUGGAAACCAAUUACUUUGGCCCAAUUGCUUUGACAAAAGCAAUUCUGCCUUCCAUGAUCAAGAGGAGAAAAGGCCACAUCGUCGCCAUCAGCAGCGUUCAAGGCAAAAUUAGCAUUCCUUACCGUUCGGCUUAUGCUGCCUCUAAGCAUGCCACCCAAGCCUUCUUUGACUGCCUACGAGCAGAAGUGGAGCAGUACGACAUCGACGUCACAGUUGUGAGCCCCGGCUACAUUCAGACAAAUCUCUCACUUAAUGCCGUAAUGGCAGAUGGAUCCCAGUAUGGAGAAAUGGACAAGACAACUUCUGAAGGCAAGGCAGCUGCAGAGGUGGCUCAGGUGGUUCUGAGUGCUGUUGGGGAGAAGAAGAAGGACGUGCUGGUUGCUGGCUUCAUGCCUUCUCUGGCCGUGUACAUGCGAACGCUCUGUCCCAGGCUCUUCUUCCACUUUAUGGCAUCUAGAGCCCGGAAAGAAAGGAAAGCCAAGGAUUCUUAACCAAUUGGGAGUUCAUUUUAAACCACCGGUUUAAAACCAGAAGCUACCAGCUGAUGUGUCCAGGGUCUGUGGGAAGCAUGAACUUCAGGAUUGUUUAAGUUGCAUCUCUCGCUUGCGGUGAAGAGUCGGAGCCAGGCUUGUGCUGCUUGCACAUCACUGAUGGCAUCCGAAAAGCUGCUUUCACCACUUACAGCACUUUGUUGGCUCCCUGGGACAAAGGGCUUCAUCUGCAAGAAGUUCGGCCAUGGGAAUUCUCCUGCGUGUUGAAAUGAGCAGGAACUGCACACCUCCACAGCUCCCAUUCGUCUUAUUUGGGCUUGUCCACAAGACAACAGGCUACUGGCAGCUUACUAUGUUUACUUUCCUCUGGCCUGGGCUCUCAUCAGCUGAAUGUAAAAUACUUAUUGGGGGAGAACGAAAGAAAACCAUUGCCUCCAAUAUCAUUCUCUUAAAAAACCUAAGUGGUUGCAGGCUGCUUCUUUUUGCCAGGGUGGGGAGAAGGGAUGCAGGCAGCUGAAACUAAAUAAGCUUGUGCUGCACAUGCAUUGUCCAACUGCACUUACUGCGUUUUGGCCAGGGCUCAAAAGCUACCACCUCCACUACCCUUAUUCCUAGUAGCUUAGCUUGGUAUUCUCACCUGUUGAGCUCAGAGUAGGUCCUGGGUAGGAACUACAGGUAACUCCACUAACACAUCCAAGUAUCAGAAAGCUGUUGUCCCCCCCUCCCGUUAUAUGGGGGGUGGGAUGCUGCAGCUUAUCUUCUUUAGGCAGAUCCGAGUUGCUAACUGCUAUUAAAAUAGACAUGAAAGAGGAACUACAUAUACUGUUUUGCUCUGCAGCUCAUCUGAAUGUAGUAUCUAGUGCGCAAAGAACAUCCUUGCCUGAUAGUAGUACCAGCCUCCAUCACCAUUCAGUCUUACUGAUUCUCUAAUGGCAAAUUCAAAAGCCUGAUUCCUGAAAGCAGAAUUGUUCAUAGACAGACGCAGUUUCCAUGCUUCUGAUAAGGCAGGUAACACAAAGAUUCCUUGCAGCAAUCACACAACUCCGUAGAACUAACAAGAUGGUUCUCAGAAUUCUUAACCUUGAGAGUAAAUAAAUGAACAUUAGUGAUUGCUUGUACCAGCAGAAGCUAAAACACUUUACAUAAUAUUUGUGCUUUUUUUCACCCUUCUGGUUUAUAAUUUGAGGGAAUUACUGCAUUAGUUACUUGCAGAAUGCCUGUUAUAAUCCUGGUCUCCAGCAAGCAAAUACAGCUACAGGAAUCUGCUUGGCGCACUCAACAGAUACUGUGACCACAAGGCUGCAGGAUUUCAACCCUUGGCCAAACUGACCUACUGAACAGAAGCAGCAGCAAGCUCUCUGCUUGCUGUACUGGAUUCCAAGGGCUAAAGAUAGCACUGAGUUCUGGCUUUGCCCUUGUGGGAUGCCAUUCCAAGGUCACUAAACAUAGCACAAAGGUCAGGUUGCAGCUAUCACGCUAAGCAAGAGAAUGUACCUGUAUGUGAUCUGAGCAUGCUCACAUGCUUCCAUUCACAAGUUCAAAGCUUGUACUGGAAGUCACAAUAGUCUUACUCUUUCCCAGAGCCUUGCGAAAAUACCCAGGGGUCCUUUUAGGAUUUAUCAGUUAAAAUGUGAUCAGAGGGAAGACUUCUUGUUUCCAACUAGGAAAUGAAGACUUAUACACAAUCCACAGUUCACUGAAAAGUUAAAAGGAGCAGGGGACUUGACUAAAUACUGCAAGAAGGGCAGCUCUGCCUCAAGUUCCCCAUACAUAACAUAAUGGCAAGUACAAUAUACCUCAUGCUCAACUAUCAUUACACUCUGUCGUCACCAAGGUUAUUCAGAGGAGGCCCAUUCAUUUCAGUGGGUCCACUCUUAAGCGUGGCUAGCACUGGCUUCAUCCCCGAGUUCCCCAUCACUGGGCAGCAGGGGCAGGAUCCAAGAUAGGUUGAACUAGAUGCUAGGGAGGGAAGAACGUAACAUGGAUUUUUUUCUGCCAGAUAACAGCAAAGUUUAAAGAGGGUGCAUGCAAUGAUGAUUGAAAUAAAGUCCUGUUAUAGAAGA